CAUCUCUCUUGCAGUCUCCAGACAGAAGCUAUCCGUCUACUGAAACUGAUUUGUGUUUUGCAGUCUGCAUCUUGAUAUAACCUAAUAAUGUCCUGUAUCACUCUGUACCUGCUGCUGUUUGUGCUGUUCAGCUGUAACUGCAGCAGUAUGUCUGAGACACAGAAGGAGGAGAAGAAAACACCUGUGGAGUUUGAUGCUGCUGGGAAUAAGCAGUCCUGCCUCAUCACAGGCCUUUACCCACUGUUGGCAGAGAUAAGCUCCACUCUUCAGUCUCUGAAGGCCAGCAUGGACCAGGAACAGUUUGGGAGAAAAGAAGAACACAACAUAGCAUUUUCUGCUGCACUUGGAAACAGAGGAGAUUUUGGGCCCUUCAACACAAAUGUCCAACUGGUUUACGAAAGAGUCUUUUUAAAUGCUGGGUCAUGCUACAACACAGGCACUGGCAUUUUCACAGCACCUUUUAAAGGAGUCUAUUUCUUCAGUCUUUCUGGACAUACUAAGACAACCAGACCCAUGGCUCUAAGACUAAUUAAAAAUGGAGAGCCAAUGACAGUUGUAUACAACCAUCCUCUAACUGAUGCAGGUGUCCGGUAUGAAUCAUUGUCUAAUUCAAUCACUGUGAUGCUGGAGAAAGGAGAUCAGGUCUCCGUGCUUCUACUGGCAAAUACAUGGGUGUUUGAUAAUAAUGAUAUUCUAACUCUGUUUACUGGCCAUGUGGUCUUUCCUAUGUGACCAUCGUCCAGUUUUUCCUAAUUGCUUUGGAUGAAUUUGCAAAUGAUCUUUUAUCUUGAACAGUAAGUUCAAGUUUCUCCUAGAUUUGAAAAAUUGCAUGUGUUUUGGCAGAUGGUCACUCUUUUCAAUCAUCCUGGUAACCGCUAUGAAUCAACAACUAAUUUACACUUCUGCCUUGUAACAGAGAUGAGGAAUUUCUAAACUGCAUAUAUUAGCAGCAAGUUAUAUUAGAGAAAAAUGAUGUAGGCCUAAACAUAUUAUGCUAUCUUUGCUCAUGUACCUAUCCUAUAUAAACUGCUGUAAUCUUUUUGCUGGUGGGUUUUCUUUGUGAUUUGUGUGAGAUACUCCUGGCCAUGAAUAAAGCAUAUCA